AUGAGAAUUAGAACUCAAGGACACAUAGACAAGUUGAUCUUGCGAGCAUAAUCAUUGAAUCAAAAAAUAAGUAUUUCCAAUUGCUUACUUAGAUUGAGCACAACGAGUGCACGAUAAUAAAGAAUGAGAGCAGUUAGUUUUCAAACUAAUAAACCCAUGCUUAAUUAUAAGGAGGACAGCCCAAUCUAAUCAGAAAGUCACAACUCUAUCGAAAACUUUGGUUUCAGUAAUAAAAUUUGGAAAACCAAGGCUUUGGAGAUACUUAUGAUUACAUUGCGAUUUAUUAGUUUUAUAACAAAAUCAAAUUUCGCAACAAGCUUUAAAUUAAUUAAGAAGAAUGUAUUUGACAUAAUAGGGGACGUUUCAGCAGAUUUUGAAUUCUAUCAGCUGCGCAACUUCUUUAAGUACGAAAAACCAACAGGAUUCCAGAAAUUGAUAUAUUUUUUGAGCCAGAGGAUUUUAGUCCCAAUCAGAAAAACUAAACUCUUAAAAAUCUAUUUUGGGAAUUAGAGACUGAUUUUGAGACCGGAAUCACUGGCAUCUAUUUGGUGGAAUAUAUACAUAUUGACCAUUUUGAAUAUUAACGUGCUUUAUGUAUCAGCCAAAAUAGCUUUUAAAUUUGACGAUAGUACGAAUGAUGAUCUUCAAUAAGCAAGAUAGAUCAUUUUUGAUGUCUUACCAUCAUACUCAUUUAUGCUUGAGAUACUAUUGAAAUUCAACACAUGCUAUUACAAUAAGGGAGCAGUCAUAGAGAAUAGAUAUUUGAUAGCUAAGAACUAUUUUCGAUCAUCAUUUUUGUUUGAUAUCUUUGUGAUAAUCCCAUAUUUUGUAAGUUUAAGAUUUGAUUUAGAAUACUUGGAUUUGGUGAUUAUAUUAAAGGUGUUUCAAAUUAAAAAGUUCUCAAGAACGUUAUUCGACAGAUUAGAAUUAACAGCAAUUUAGAUAGUUAUCUUCGAUUUAAUUAAAUUGGUUUACACGAUAUUGGCAGCUGCUCAUUUUUCAGCUUGUCUUUGGUUUUUAGUAGGAUCGACAGGAGAUCCAAGUGGGAAUUCUUGGAUUAAAGUACAGAAUAUAGAAGAUGAAUAUUGGUUUAACUAAUAUUUGCAUUCAUUUUAUUGGAGCAUAAUAACAAUGACGACAAUAGGAUACGGCGAUAUCACUCCAUAGAACUUGAGGGAGAGAGUAUUUGCUGUGGGAAUGGCAUUGUCAGCAGUAGGAGUAUUUGGAUAUUCAAUAGGGAAUAUAAACACGAUAUAUGCAGAGUGGAAUAGGAGAAGUUUUUAAGUGAGGACUGAUAUGAAUAAUUUAAAGAAAUUUAUUCGCAUUAAGGGAAUCAACAAACACUUAGCUGAGAAGAUUAGGAAAUACUUUGAGUAUUUAUGGAGUGAUCAGAUGGAGGAUAAUGAUAGGGAAGUGUACAAAUUUAGUGAUUUGAUUCCGAGACAAUUGGCAGAGGAAAUGAAGAUUGAUACAAAUAUGAAAUUGAUAUCGAAGAUAAAUUUCCUCACUCAGAAUUUCAGUGAAUAGUUCUUGAUUUCUCUCUCCAAAACCAUGGUGGAAGAGAAGUUCGUUCCUGAAUCUACAAUAUAUGAGCAAUAUGAUCCAAGUGAGUAUCUCUAUAUUCUAUCUAAUGGGAGUCUUUCCUUUUACAUUACUAUGAACAACAAAUAGUAAACUGUUAAAGUCCUUGAGACAGUAAGGUAGGAAGGCAUUCCUUUUGGUGUAUUGGAAUUCUUUCAAUCUUAAGCCUACUAGAUGUCAUGCAAAUCAAAUCAGUUCUCUUAUGUCUUAAAAAUAGACAGAUCUCAAUUUUUAGAUAUUCUCCAACAACAUCAAAAUGAUUAUUUUAAGUAUUGUGAGUUAGUGCAAUAAAUCUCAUUUAUGAACAAACAGGAAUUGAUUGAUGUUACAUGCCGAGCUUGCAACAAGACAACUCAUAUCAUCAAAGAGUGUCCAAUGGUGUGUGGAUAUCCCAAUAGAGCCAAAGUGUUGCUCAAUUAUAGAAGGAACAUUCCAUCUGACAGAGUGAAAUACAGAAGGAAGAUAGAGAGAAAGAUCUCCACAAGAAAGGAAUCUCUAGACAUAAGGAAUAGUAUCUAUUUAUACAUGUGCAAAACUCAGAUGAUCUCCCAAGAAAUAGAUGACCAGCGUUGUCUAUUUGAUAGCAGAGGAGCAAGUUUUGCUGAUAGUGCCAAUGAUGAGAUUAUAGAAAAUUAACAAGAAGUCGAUAAGGAAGUGCUUAACAGUACACUAUUGGCCUUAGAUCGAAACUCCAGGUUAUCAAAAUAAUAUGGAAAACGUAAAUUGACAUUCCAAGCAUGUACUGACGCUUUGAAGGAUGAGGAGAUUAGAGAUAGAAUUUUAGAUGUUAUCAGUAAGAUUUAAAGAGCUGAGAGACAAAGUAUACGUUAAAACAAUGUCUCAAAUGUUCAAUAAAUGUAAUUGAAUACGAGAUAGCAGAAUCAUCAAAACACGGUGUUGAGUAAUAAGAGUAAUCAGGAUUCAGAUAAGAAAACAAGUGAGCAAAUGAGAGAUUAAUAGAGAAGACAAACAAAGAUAGUAGUUACGCCAUUUAUAAAAGUGAAUGACAAUUCGAUGGAGUAUCUAUAUCUGAAUAAGAAUUUGGAAGAGGAACAGGGUAAGAAGAUGGGAUAAUAUUUGGAGAUUUUCGAAGGAUUUGACAAGGUAAAGAACUUUGAAUAUUAUUUGAAACAUAAUAAUAUUAGGGAAAUAGCUCGAUAAUUUAAGGGUUAAAUAAAAAAUUAAAGAAUCAGAAAUUAAAAUAAAUUAGAAACAAUAAAAUUUAUUUGA